AUGCGUGUUCCACGCCGUCAUUUUUGGAAGCGUCAAGAGGGCCCAGCUGCACCUUCCGGAAUUCCUGGUAUAGGUGGAGUAGCCACGCAGAGCCAGCAGAGUAUCACUGCGACAGGUCUAAUGAUAGACACAUCCGCAUCUGCAGCUACUUAUUCUGCCCCCCCGCUUGACGGAUCGUCGAUCCCGGUCGUAACAUCUACGCCUUCCUCAACAUCGUCCGUCAACCUCGCCACUUCUUCCCCUGCCUCUGCUUCUUCGGCCUCGUCCGGCUCCAACAUACCUAUUGGUACCGUCAUUGGGGCUUGCGUUGGCGCAUUUGCAGGUCUCACACUACUCCUAUUUCUCUGUGUCUUCUGCUGCAAGCGCCACAACCGGGAGAAAUCCCGCGGCGAUCCUUCGUCCCUCGGUAGCACACGCGGUAAUGCAGACCAACCCCGCAAUCGGGAUUCCACAUGGAAGAGGUUGAACGGGGAUAACGAGGACAAAUGGGAGGGAAUGCCAGGCAAGCGGGAUGUCCGUCGUGAUACGGAGAUGACGGAGAAGAACUUCUCCAUGUUCAAGAAAUCGCCUAGCAUUUAUACGACUCGCACCGCAAAAACCAUCUCUGACGAGGACCACGGCUAUGAUCUUCCCCCGUUCGAAUUCUCGAAAUAUCACCCCAGUCUUGCGGCUGAGCUUGCACUUCAGCAGCCCCCGCGUCCAUUCACUGAGCGGCAGGAUAGUGGUGUCUCAUGGGGCGGCUCAACGGCUGCGGACGAAUCGUUCUUGUCUCUCCAUUCCAUGCGGGCGGACUCUGGGACUAUGUCACCCACGAUGGUGAUGGCGAAGAUGACUCCGCCCACCACAUCAUCUCCUGUCCACAAAUGGGAGUCGGCCGAAGUUCUGACAAUGGGGAAAGACGACAUGGCUGGACCCCGGGAGGUCCAGAAUCCGUUCAUGGACGUCCACGAGGAGAGACGUAGUGUCGUCGCCAAUCCGUUCUUUAACGCCCAGGAAAUGCAGAGAUCACGCACACUGACGCGCAGUCGCAGCAACAGCCGUACGAGUCGUACUCGCAGUGUGAGCCAAGGCCAUAGUCGUAACACCAGCCAUUCCACCAUCGGUCGGAGCCAGUCGUUCCGCGCUUCUAAUCCCUUCAUCGACGUGCACGAGAUCCCUGUAUCUCGUAUUGCGCCACCAGCCGCUAUCCACGUCCAACACGAUUCUGUCGCGAGCGGAUCCAGCGCUAACUUGUUCGGCGACCAUGCGAUGAGAUCACUCAUCGCAGCACUAGAAAUGACACAGGAGGAAGUGGAGGAACGCUUGCGCGUCGUGUCGAUGCAGGCGUCGACCAUAUCCGGAGUGUCAUCGUUGACAGGUCUCGAUGACGAAGAAACCGAUAUCGCGACUGUGCGGAAGUUCCCCAUGCCCCCUGCGGGCAACCGAUCCUCUCCGUGA